GAAAACUUGAUUAGAUGACGGUAAUUGCAUUGCUUCUUUUGGAGCUGGCAGCAGCACAGAAGAGCCCUUCGCUUUACUCAGCCCAUUCUGGGGAGCAAGUACGAGUAUUGGUAGCUAGCUAGACUUUGUUGUAUUGUUCUCACAAUUUCUUACUUCCAUCAUACAAAAAUCGAUCACCCGAUCAGAUUAUUUAUACUGUACUAGUACUUCAUCAGACACACUUACGACGAUACCGUAGCUACUAAGAGCUAGCUAGAACAAUGAUCGGCAACAUUUACCGCAACAACAACCUGAACGGUUCGAGCCACUCUAGCAAAAGCUUACUGAAGAAGGCCGGCCAGAACGAGCAGAACGAUUAUCGGUCUCCGUUCAUGUACAUGCACGACGACUCGACGCGUACGUUGUUCGUGACGGACUUGGGAGGAGAUCAGUCCAUGUCGACGCAGUGCAACGGGAUCAGCAGUCACUCGAGACUCGAUGCCAAGAACUUGAAAUCCAGAAGACCUUCGGAUGGAGAGCUUAGCUCGACAUACACUGGCUCUUGGUGUUCUUCUUCGGAUGACGACGAUUCCAUGUCGGGGUCUUCCUUUGGAAACGAUUACAGCAUUGACUGCUCUCACACGAGCUUCCUCGUCGAGGACUCGGACGACCUGGAUGAACUCGAGAAAGCCCUGGAAAAAUUUGCCGCCAAGGAAGAGCGGGAUGCCGCUAAAGAAGCGAAAGAAGCUCAGAAACAAGCCAAGAAAGAAAAUCGUCGUCGUUCUCUCGAAGUCGAGCGCCCCGUUCAUGCGGCCAAAACCCCGGCCCGUCGCAGUGCUUCCGACUUGACCGAUUUGCGUAGACCUGAUUUUCUCAGCAAUGACAAUAAUGACGACGAGGGUCGCGGCGGUCGAAGAUCCAACCGCCGAAGGAACGGUGGAUCGGAUCAUGAUGACAACCGCUCAGUGGGGUCCAACAAGUCCCUGCCCUUGUCUGCAUUGGAACCGCAAAAUCAAAAACCAAAACCAAAGACAUUAUCCGGCUCCAAUCGCUCCCUCAUGAGUAUCUGCCCGGUCAAGGAUCAGCUCGAACAGGUCUUUGGGGACACGUCCGUUAUCAAGAAUGUCAACUGGGACAACUACUUUGACGAAGAACACCAACAAGAAGCGGGAUCCCUGACGGACGAACUGGAAAAGGCCAUUCGCUCCAAAAAGGUCAAACGACUCCAACGAUUGCACAAGCGAGGCGUCUGUAUGAAUGCCAGAAACAAACAGGGAGAAACCGUCGUCAGCCUCGUCUGCCGCACGGGAAGUGCCGAAAUGCUCAUGUAUCUCAUGACGGAAGCUAAAGUCACGGUCCGAGUCAGAGACAAGGCCGGCAAGAAUCCUCUCCAUGAAAUCGCAUGGUCGCCCAAGUUUGAACCAUGCAUUGCCAUGAUGCUCAUGUCAGACUCGCCGGAACUGCUUUGGGCUCCCGAUGCAAGAGGAUUCUUGGCGCUAGACUAUGCCCCCAAACGCUGCCAAGUCGAUUGGUACGAGUUCCUUGAACUCAAACAACAAAUGCUCAAGCUGUCGUUGCAGUUUAGCCGAUUCAAAGCAUCCAGUAUGGAACUUAACCGCAAUCAAGAGCGAUUGCGAAAGAUACUGGAAGAACAACUGCAAAGCAAAAGCAAAAACAAAAAUGACAACUAAAUAGUAUGCAAAUGUCAAGCAACGAACAUGGCAGUCGCCGCAUCAUGGAAUUCCUUUUGUACAAACUACUUCUACUUGGAAAGAAAAGAAAAGCAAACGCAUCCGCAGGCAAUUGCAAUUGCAACCAUGAACAUAAUCCUUGCCUACCAGUACUGUACCUACAUGUACAGCAAUGUCUAACUAGAACACAAUAAGUCCUCCGCUACAGCUCUAUACAC